UCAGCGGCGCCGUUGCUUUUGAGGCUCCACGUCUGCACCAGCUGCGGGGCAAGAUGGAGGCGCUGAUUUUGGAACCCUCCCUGUAUACUGUCAAAGCCAUCCUGAUUCUGGACAAUGAUGGAGAUCGACUUUUUGCCAAGUACUAUGACGACACCUACCCCAGUGUCAAGGAGCAAAAGGCCUUUGAGAAGAACAUUUUCAACAAGACUCAUCGGACUGACAGUGAAAUUGCCCUCUUGGAAGGCCUGACAGUGGUAUACAAAAGCAGUAUCGAUCUCUAUUUCUAUGUGAUUGGCAGCUCCUAUGAAAAUGAGCUUAUGCUCAUGGCUGUUCUGAACUGCCUCUUCGAUUCAUUGAGCCAGAUGCUAAGGAAAAAUGUAGAAAAGCGAGCUCUGCUGGAGAACAUGGAAGGGCUCUUCUUGGCUGUGGAUGAAAUCGUGGAUGGAGGGGUGAUCCUAGAGAGUGAUCCUCAGCAAGUAGUACACCGGGUAGCAUUAAGGGGUGAAGAUGUCCCCCUUACGGAGCAGACUGUCUCUCAGGUGCUGCAGUCAGCCAAAGAACAGAUCAAGUGGUCACUGCUUCGGUGAAGACCCCACUGUUCGUUUUUUCUCACCUCCCUCAAAACAUCGCAUGUCUACUGUGACUUCUCAUCCAGUCCCCACCUGAUGCUCUCAAGGUCAUCUUGGGGAUCACAAGGGAUCCUUAAAUCUCCAUCCUGUCUGGUUGUGCCUCCCUACACACACACACACACUUUCCAUUUUUCUCACUGUUCUUGCAGUCCUGGGAGUAAAGCUUCCACCAGACUUAGACACAGGACAGGGGAAACACUCUCUUCCUUUCUAGACUGGAUUAUUCUUCCAUGCUCUCCUGUUGGCCAUAUUUUCUCCUCAACUUCUGUGCCCUAUGCUGCAGCUACGCUUCAGAUCAAAGCAGAAGAA